AUGAGCCUGCGCGGCACAUGUGCUGUGGCGGCCUACUCGCUCGCCGGCGGCGCGUUCCGCUACACGGCCGAAGAGCCUUUGUCGCAGUUCUGGUGGUCGCUCACGUGUAUGAGGAUAGGAUGUUGCCUCGCGCUCGAGCGCGUCCUCGCGGCGUUCCCUCUGACACGUUUGGUGAUAACCGCUUUUGGAUUACUCGAGGCCUACACGCAUAAUGUCAGAGGAAGGAUACCGACGGACCGAAUCUCAAGUGGUGUGGCUCUCGUCACGGGCAGCACCGCGGGAAUUGGGUUCCAGACGUGCGUGCUACUCUGCGAGCGGGGCGUCGACGUUUUGGUGCCCGCGCGUAGUGUGGAGCAGGCUCUGAAGACGGCGCAGCUCAUAAAUGAGGCCAGCAAGGGGCCUGGUAUAGCAAGGCCCUGUUCCGUCCCGCUCGACCUCGCGUCAAGAGAAUCGGUGAAAAAGUUCGCCGAGUCCCUCACGGACAUCAACUUGCUCGUGCUGAACGCGGGCGUCAUGAUGCCCGCCUACCACCUUACUAAAGACGGCGCGGAGCAAACGGUCGCGGCGAACCAUUUAGGACAUUUCCAGCUGGCUACUAGUCUGGCGCCUCGGCUGAAGGGCGACGCGAGAGUUGUGGUAGUGUCUUCUGCAUUACAUCGGAAGGCGGCUCGCAUGCGGGACAUUCCACAGAAAUUGCUGGAUUUUCGAGGGGCUGCACAAACACACAAGCUCUUCGACGCCUACGCCGUCUCAAAACUGCAGAACGUGUUGUUUGCUCAUGCUUUUGCGUCGAGAAACCCGCAAAUUGCGUGCGUGGCGUGUCACCCCGGCUUCGUGUUCACGUCCGUGACGCGGCAUUUACCUUUGUAUGUGCGUCUGGCGCAUGUAUUGGCCGUGCCGUUCUGGGUCCUCUUCCAGAAGACGCCGCGCCAGGGCGCGCACUGCUCGUUACAUUGCUGCCUGUCGCCGUCGUUCUCCGCGGCUUCUUUGAGAGGCGAAUCGCGCUUCGUCGCCGACUGCCGUGUGGAAAGAGAGGGCCUCCCGCCGCAUCCCCGCGAAGUAGCCGAAAUGUUGUGGCGGCGGUCGGAGGCGUUCGUGACUAAUGUACCGCAUGCGGUACAUUAGUGAAACUUCAACUUGAGUUCAAGAUCCCCGCUUUUGCAUUUUAAGUUGAAUUUUUGGAUUUGAGGUGUGUUUUUUUAAACCGAGUUUAAACCCGGGGUAGGGGGUGGAUUUUUGAGGGCCUUCGCGUCCCAUCGCGAAGCUCGGCGCCGCGGCAGCGUCCUAGUUUGAGUUCUGGCCGAGUCUGAGUUUCUCCCAGUCUGUGUUCUCCCCGGGUCAGUGAAACCUCAGACUAACGGGAUCGUCCCUAAACUUACUAGCUCUAGCUUUCAUAUCUCUUACUUCACUUGCAUACUCUCAGCGCGGUGUACAUACGGUCCAUCUUUUUUCUCAGUGCUGCCCGCUGUCAAGAGGUAGGCUUCACUACAAGCCACAGGCAGCGCAUCCCAAAAAAGAGCCGGCGCAAAAUGCUAAAACGUGCGCUGAAACUUGCGCUGGUGCUCACAUCAUGCGAUUUGAAGCGGCUAACGUACGCCAACGAGUACUCCAUCGCUAUUUCACACAAGGUGGGCAGCGAGUGGGAUAGUUGAAGUCCGGAGCCCAGCUUCCAGCGCCCGCCGCCCGCGCAGGUUGUGGGCGUGCCGGUUCAGCUAAAAGCGGCCGAAGUUAAGGUCAGUGACAGCGACGCCUGCUACGCGCCGCGCAGCGCGGAAAAAGCUUUCUGAAGGGGGUUUCACGUCACCCGUCGAUCGUCUGAGAGAAGUGGGUCUGAAAGGGCGCAUCGCGCGCCCGCGCCACGGUCCUACCUCUUCCUUAUUCAGGGCGUGGACGUGGCGCGGGGUGUGGACAUGCGUAGGACCGAGGACAUGGGAAUAAAAAUGAAGGACAACAACGGGGUGUGGGUUCCCUUGGGCGGAGGUGUUGAAAUAUGCCUUGACAGUAAUGGCAACAUCGACUCCAUCAAGGGCACGACAAGGUACGUGGCGGUGCGCGGCACGUAAAUUUAUUUUAGGCGGAUCUCUGGCCCCGGGCGCCCGCAGGUUCACUGAGUGGUCAGCCACGAGCUGGAGUGCUUGGGACGACGGCUGCACCGACGUGAACUACCACAUGUGGCACUGUCAAGAUAACGAGGUUUGGAUUGGGGUGGAUUGUAGCUCCAGUUGUAACGAUUGUACGGAUUAUAAGGCCCGCGAUUUAGAUUACAGCAGGCAUUACAUUUUGGCGAGCGAUGGGGGGUACGGCUGCAGCUACGGAUCUUGUUACAUAUGCAGUGGCAACAACCUGCAGCAUGGUGUCUACGAGGAUGGUGAGUGGAAGGAACGGUACGAGGCCCCGGCGCACCUUCAGUGCAGACCAAAUUGCGAGGACCCUGCUGGGUACUUCCCGGCGUGGCGUCAGACGAGCCAAUACAUCGAUGUAUAUGAUCGCGACGACGACGCCUACGCCUGGGCCGACAAGUACCUCUUGGAGGAGAAUUGGGACGACGACGAGGACGACGAUGACGUGCAGUUAUAUGGGCACAUCAAGCCAAACACUCCCAGCGCAAUCGUCACAUCACACACGUGGACGGUUUUCCCCUUGCAUUCGGGAAUUGGAAAAACCGGUAUAAUUCCAAUGGGUGGUUUUGGUGCGAAAGCUCUCACUGGCUGCUACAUAUUUACUGCCACGGGAAAGAACAGUGCGAACGCGGAUAUUUUGUCCAAGAUCGUGUGGAAAGUCGACCCCGUGUGCACAGGGCUCUCAUGCCCGAAAAUCACCGGCGAAUUUGUCGGCCUCGACCACGAGAUUUGUAUUGAUAAGAGCGGUCGUAUCGAAAAAGUUACGGGCCCGACCUCCGCGCUGCUCAGCGACGGGGCCGCCCCCAAGGCCACCGCGGCCGCCACCCUCCUCGCUAUUGCCGCCACCGCCGUCGUGUUCUAG